UAUGGACACUUUCCAAUCUAAACUUUUUCAUUUAUCUAUGUUCGAACCUGAGUUCUACGAGUAUUUCCGACAUUGAUAACAGAAUCUUUAGUUUUUUAACCCACACCCACACUUCAUUUAAAUUUGGGAUAAACUUUGACAGUUCUUUCAUACGCCAAAGUCAAAGUUUGAAAUGUACCAAUCCCUUGUUCUUCUUUACAACACAUUUUUUUCUGAUCAAAAUUUCCUAGCAUGGAUAAUAUAACGGGUAAAGUAGCCCUCAUUACUGGUGGGGCUACUGGCAUCGGAGCAGCAUAUGUUAAAGAAUUAUUCAAGAGAGGCAUGAAAGCAGCAACUCUUUUAGAUAUACAUGACAAUGGUAAAGACCUGGCAGAUGAAAUGAACAGUUGUUACGGAGAUAAUAAGGCAUUGUUUGUCAAGGCAGAUGUCACUAACUUUGAAGCUUUUAAGGGCGGUUUUGAAGCAAACAUGAAGAAAUUUUAUCAGUUAGAUUUAGUAAUAAACAACGCGGGUAUAAUGCGAGACAGAACCUGGGAGAGGAUGAUAGAUAUCAACAUCAAGGGCACGAUUACGGGCAGCUUGCUCGGUAUCCAAUACAUGGGAAAGAACCACGGAGGAUGUGGCGGUACCAUUGUUAAUACAGCCUCGAUCGUAGGCCUCCAACCUUUUGUUGGGGCUCCUGUUUACACAGGCACCAAACAUUUCAUCAUUGGCUUUACGAGGUCCAUGGGUACUGACUUCUUUUACCGUUUGACUGGUAUACGAUUUCUGAGCGUUUGUCCUGGACUAACGAAAACUCAGAUUGUACCAGACAUUGAGCAGAGUGUGUUGGGCGGUUUCCCUAACUUGGCAAAAAUCUUUGCUCGUGAGGUAAACUCAGUCAUACCUCAAUCCGUGGAAAGGAUAGCUGAGGGAUUGAACACGAUGCUCAAUGAAGGAGAAAAUGGAAGUAUAUGGGUAGGAGAAAACGACGAGCCUAUUUAUGAAGUAGUGAUUCCAGAUAGAAAAACUUUCAAAAAGGAGAGGUGUUGAUGAGGGAUUGAGGUGUAUUUAAUGAAUUUCAUAAUAAAAUUAAUUCAUUUCAUAAAAUAUAUUAUUAAAUUUUACUGUAAGUAGACAAAGUAAUUUUUUGUAGUUUUUGCAAGCGUACUGUAAUAACUAAGUAAUCAUUUGGAAGAUAAAUAAAAACUGCAA